AUGCCUAACGCCUCUCGUAUUCUUGAAUCAGCAUUUAAUACCGUAUUUAAACGUUUUCUUGUGACUAUAAUCAAGACCACAUUAGUUUAUUUGAUUGCAUUAUUUUUUGUGCAAAUUCCCACUAUUUGGCAUUUAAUUAUGACAUUCGGAAAAGAUGAUGAUCGAGCGACGAAACAAAAGCGACUAAGAGCUAAAUUAGUUGAUGAGAAUGAUCCUGGUAGUCCUUAUCGUGCUGUUGAAGUAAUAGACGGAUUAAUAACUACGCCUGAAGAAGGUGUCCGUACAUUAGCCGAUAUUCCGGAUUCAACCGCUAAACGUUUUCCAGAUAAAGAAACAAUGGGAGUGAGAGAAAUACUAAGUGUUGAAGAUGAAAAACAACCGAAUGGAAAAAUAUUCAAAAAAUACAUUCUUGGUGAAUAUAAAUUUUCGACGUAUAAAGAAGCUUAUGAACGUAUCAUAGCCAUUGGAAAAGGUUUAUUAUCAUUGGGUGUGAGACAAGGUGAUAAAAUUUUAUUAUAUGCUGAAACAAGAGCCGAAUGGUUAUUAACAGCAUUUGCUGCAUUCAGACAUGGAAUCACUGUUGUUACUCUGUAUUCGACACUUGGUGACGAUGCAGUCAGACAUGGUAUUACAGAAUCGGAAGUUCAGAUUAUUGUUACAUCAGCAGAACUUAUUCCAAAAUUAGAAAAAACGUUGGAAAAGACACCCAAGGUUCGCCAUGUCAUCUAUUUUCCCAGUCCGAAACAAGCUAAUCCAACUAAUAAAAAUAAUAUCGAAUUUUAUCGUUUACAACAAUUAGAAGAAAAAGGACAACAAGCAAUAAUCGAUGAUUCGAUAUUAAAUGCACGUCCAAAACCUAGUGAUCUGGCUGUGAUCAUGUAUACAAGCGGAAGUACAGGAACACCAAAAGGUGUAUUAAUUACUCAUGAAAAUGUUAUUGCUGCAAUGGCUGGUCAAAAAGAACGCGUAUUUCCGCACGUUGAUUUAGAAACACAUAUUUAUAUUGCUUAUUUGCCGCUAGCUCAUAUCCUGGAAUUGUGUUGCGAAAUAUUAAUGUUUUACGCUGGUUUAAAAUGCGGUUAUUCUUCGCCUCAAACUCUAACUGAUCAAUCCACAGCCAUUAAACGUGGACAAAAAGGUGAUUUACAAGCACUGAGACCCCAUUUAAUGUCUUGUGUACCGACUAUUCUCGAUCGUAUUCAUAAAACAGUGAAUGAAAAAAUCAAUCACGCCGGUUUCUUUCAACGACAUUUGUUUCAUUUAUCCUACAAAAUUAAAGUUAAACGACUGGAAGAAGGCUUGGAGAGUCCACAUUUAGACAAUCUAAUAUUUCAAAAAUUUAAUCAAGCGGUGUUAGGUGGUCGUGUUAAAACAAUGCUUUGUGGUGGUGCUGUUCUGAGCGAAGAUACGCAACGUUUUGUUCAAGCUGCACUCUGCGUAACGUUAUUUCAAGGAUACGGACUUACUGAAACUUGCGCUAGUGGCAGUAUAGCUGAUCAACUUGAUACCAGUGUUGGAAGAGCCGGUUAUCCUCUUGUCUGUUGUGAAAUGAGACUACAAAAUUGGGAUGAAGGGCAAUAUCGUAAUACAGAUAAGCCACAUCCUCGUGGUGAAAUUUUGAUUGGUGGUAAAAUGGUAGCUGCUGGAUAUUUUGCCGAAGCAGCUAAAGAGAAUGUGAAUUUUAAAGAAAUUAAUGGUACAAGAUAUUUUUCAACAGGAGACAUUGGUGAAAUAUUUCCCGAUGGUACAGUGAAAAUUAUUGAUCGUAAAAAAGAUUUGAUCAAAUUACGAGGCGGUGAAUACGUUUCGUUAACAAAAGUAGAAAUGGUUAUUGGAAAAGUUCCAAUUGUUGAAAAUUGUUGUCUAUGUGCUAGUUCAUCAGCAGAAUACACUGUUCUCCUUAUAUCACCAAAUCAAAGAAAUAUAGCUUCUUAUACUGAAAAACAUUUUGAUAAUAAAGAAUGGCAAAAAUUAAUUGACGAUGAAGACUUUGGUAAUCAAGUAUUAAAAGAUAUACAAGAAGCAUGUAGAAAAGGCGGUAUUGAACGUUAUGAAACACCUCAGCGUGUAAAAGUAGUCGCUGAUCCUUGGUCACCGGAAACUGGUUUAGUUACUGAUGCAUUAAAAUUAAAACGUAAAGCCAUUGAGCUAAAAUAUCAUGAUGAUAUUGAGAAGUUAUAUAGAGAACCGCCGAAACAAAAGCAAACUAAGAAAAGUGCUCGUGUAAGUCCGGCAAAAGACAGUGACAAACAGCCACAACAGUCGGUCAAAAAAGAAAAUACAGAAAAUGAAAAUGAAAAAGAAGUGAAAAGAAAUGAAACGAAUGAAAAACAAUCAAAAGAUGUAACCGAUGUUUCUCAAGACGUUAUCCCAGAUAAACAAGAAUGA